UUCCCUUCAUUUAGGACAAGAAAGGGUCCUGUAGCAAUGGUCAAAGGGGAGAAUAGGAAAUAAAGAAGUUGAAUGCUUGGUGAAGGUGGUAGCAUAGUUGCAGCAACAACACACAGAGAAAGAGUGAUUGAUUUGAAGAAGAAGAAGAAGAAGAAAAAGAAGCAAUGAAUUCUGUCAAAUCUCUUCAGGUCCUCAGCCAGGGUGUUACUCUCGGCAUGAUUGUCACGUCUGCACUAAUAAUUUGGAAGGCGUUGAUGUGCAUCACUGGCAGUGAAUCACCUGUUGUCGUUGUUCUUUCUGAAAGCAUGGAACCGGGGUUCAAGCGGGGGGACAUCUUGUUCUUGCGCAUGAGUAAAGAACCAAUUCGUGCAGGGGAGAUUGCGGUGUUUAAUGUGGAUGGACGUGAGAUUCCAAUUGUUCAUCGUGUAAUCAUGGUACAUGAAAGGGAAGAUAAUGGGGAGGUUGAUGUUCUCACAAAAGGAGAUAACAACAAUGAGGAUGACAGGCUUCUGUAUGCUCAUGGUCAGCUUUGGCUGCAAAGGCACCACAUUAUGGGUAGAGCUGUCGGGUUCUUACCUUAUGUUGGCUGGGUGACAAUUUUUAUGACAGAAAAGCCUAUCAUCAAGUAUAUUCUCAUUGGUGCUUUGGGGUUGCUCAUGAUAACUUCGAAAGAUUAAACGAUGAAACUAAAUCAAUCUGAGGUCUAAACCUCCGAGAGAACUCUGGGCAGAUAUCAUACUUUUCUUGAACUUGAGAGUGUCAUUUUGUACCAUUAACAACAUAAUGUUAAGAAUUAAUGCAAAGUUUCUUGCCUAGUUCCUUUAUACUGUAUUUUGGUGCAGUUUAAGCUUAUGUUGCUAGGUGAGUCAAUCUUGGGAAAUGCCUCCUUGUUCAUACUUCAUAUACCCAUUCCGAAUUGCAAGGUUUUGGCUUCUCACUUUAUGAUGCUUGAGUUCUUGCAUGUCAGAAGGCAAGCAUAUAAUGUAACGCAUGCCAUAACUUCCCUUGCGGUUAAUUACCUAUGUAAUUUGUGGUGGAAUGAUCCGCUCCUGAUGUAGCUAAUGCUCUCUUUGUAGAUGCGGCUUUUUCAUCUUAAUAAAAUAGUAAUGUCAUUAAUGUGUA